AUGGUCACCCUCUUCUCUCGCCUCGCCGUGGAACCCCAUCCCACAGAAUCAGCCACCUUCAUCCCCCGCAACCCCGCCCUCUGGCUGCCCCCGGGCGUCCGCUCAGUGUAUGGAGGCCUCAUCAUCGGCCUCGCCCUCCAAUCCGCGCGCCGUACCGUCCCCGCGCAUCUUGGCCUGCAGAGUACCCACUGCUACUUUCUCCGCCCCGGCGUGGCUGGGCACGAGAUGAAGUAUGUGGUGAGCACAUUGCAGGAUGGAAAGGCGUUUAUGAGGCGAGAGGUGAAAGGGUGGCAGAAGGGCAAGCUGUUCUUUGUGUUGAUGGCGAGUUUUACUGUGGCGCCUGAGGUGCUACCAGAGCGGAUUUUCAAGCGAGGAGAUGUAAGGAAGGAGGAAGAGACGCCGUCAAAGGUGUCAAAUAGUUUGACGGACAUGUCCCAGCCUUGGUAUGAAGAUCCCUCAGGCAGAAAUGGAGAAGGAAGGCGGGUGAAAGAAGGGUUCCAAGUGCCGUUCCCAGGAGACAUCCUCUUGCCCUAUGACCAAUGUGAAUCCAACGAGUCGUUCAUAGCGCGACGACUGGAAGCGACUUGGGAUGUCCCACAGUGGAAGAGAGACUUUCUCACUACAUGGAUUGAGCAACGCGCGACCAGUCCUUUCCUGUCUGCUGUGGCCAGACUGAAGCCUGGUGUGACUUGCCCACCAGAGUUCUUUGUCGAUGGGAAUGCUGCUACACGCAUGACCUGGAAUCGGCCCACGACUACGGCAGAUGAGGUCAUAGAUGAGGAAGCGUUCAAGGCCAUGAUCGCGUUCAUCAGCGACUAUCAACUGGUGGGAGCCACCACACGCGCCAUGGGCAUCAACAUGUCCACGACCCCCCAUGUAACCAUGAUUGCCUCUCUGGACCACUCGGUCCAUUACUAUCCCUUCCCUCCAGACCUCGACUAUAGGAAACCUACCCUGCAUGUGAUGGAAGCGCAGGUGGGAGAUUUUUCGACGGCGAGGGCAACGGCGAGGGGCAGGGUUUAUAGUCACGAUGGUGUCUUGUUGGCGGUGACUUGCCAGGAGGGGGCCAUCGCUUGGAAGGGAGACGGUGAGCCGAGGAGAGGUUUGGCGGCGAGUGGAGUGGAUGAGGAGGAUCUGAUGGCAAAGCUGUGA